AUGGCGGCCCUUCCCGGCACCGUCCCCAGGAUGAUGCGGCCGGCGCCCGGGCAGAACUACCCGCGCACCGGCUUUCCUCUGGAAGUGUCCACACCACUUGGCCAAGGCCGGGUCAAUCAGCUUGGCGGGGUCUUCAUCAACGGGCGACCCCUGCCUAACCACAUCCGCCACAAGAUAGUGGAGAUGGCCCACCAUGGCAUCCGGCCCUGUGUCAUCUCCCGCCAGCUGCGUGUCUCCCAUGGCUGUGUCUCCAAGAUUCUCUGCCGCUACCAGGAGACCGGGUCCAUCCGGCCUGGGGCCAUCGGAGGCAGCAAGCCCAGACAGGUGGCGACUCCGGAUGUGGAGAAAAAGAUCGAGGAGUACAAGAGGGAAAACCCAGGCAUGUUCAGCUGGGAGAUCCGAGACCGGCUGCUGAAGGAUGGGCACUGUGACCGCAGCACGGUGCCCUCAGGGAACCGGCUGGAUGAGGGCUCGGACGUGGAGUCGGAACCCGACCUCCCUCUGAAGCGCAAGCAGCGUCGAAGUCGGACCACAUUCACGGCCGAGCAGCUGGAAGAGCUGGAGAAGGCCUUCGAGAGGACUCACUACCCGGACAUCUACACCCGCGAGGAGCUGGCGCAGAGGACCAAGCUGACGGAGGCGCGUGUCCAGGUCUGGUUCAGUAAUCGCCGCGCCCGUUGGCGGAAGCAGGCAGGAGCCAACCAGCUGGCAGCGUUCAACCACCUUCUGCCAGGGGGCUUCCCGCCCACCGGCAUGCCCACGCUGCCCCCCUACCAGCUGCCGGACUCCACCUACCCCACCACCACCAUCUCCCAAGACGGGGGCAGCACCGUGCACCGGCCCCAGCCCCUCCCGCCGUCCACCAUGCACCAGGGGGGGCUGGCCGCCGCGGCCGCCGACACCGGUUCUGCCUACGGAGCCCGCCACAGCUUCUCCAGCUACUCAGACAGCUUCAUGAACCCGGCGGCGUCCUCCAACCACAUGAACCCUGUCAGCAACGGCCUGUCUCCCCAGGACCCCGGGAUCCUUUGCCUGGGCUUUAUCUCCGAGCCGCAGGCCCGGGUGACUCUGCAGGCAGUUGUUGGGGCCACCCUGCGAUCCAGUGCAGAAGGCAUCGCUGAGGCUGUUGGUGGUGGCUUGUGGUUUGGGGAGCAGGACGCGGGGAUGCUGGCCGUCCUGGUGGCUUUGAGGAGCUGA